GGAUUUGAGUGGUGAUCAAAGACACUCUUUCCUAUUGUUUGGUUCCUCCUGCACUCAAGGAAACAGUACUUGUAUGUUUGCUGUAAAUAUGCAGGAUUGCAUCAAAGAAAUUCCUGACUCCGUCAACAAAUUCCCCUCCCAACCAGAAAUUCCUACUAAACAAUGAAUGUUUGGCUAAUUGCUCGAGUCAACAAUUGUAGCAAUGACAAUGUACCAUGUGGGUGUGUUGCAGGGAUGGAGCUCGAGAACAGCACAGAGGUGACGGAGUUUGUGCUGUUGGGGCUAUCCCAGACCCGGGAGAUCCAGCUCUUCCUGUUUGUCUUGUUCCUUGUCUUCUACUCCAUGAUCCUCCCAGCUAACAUCCUCAUCAUCCUCACCAUUCGGGGAGACCCUCACCUGGGCUCCCCCAUGUAUUUCUUCCUGGCCAACCUGGCCUUCCUGGACAUCUGCUACUGCUCCGUCACCCCCCCAAAGAUGCUGGCUGACUUCUUCUCGCACCACAAGACCAUCUCCUAUGGGGGCUGCAUGGCCCAACUCUUCUUCAUCCACUUCCUGGGAGGGGCGGAAGUUUUCCUGCUCAUAGGCAUGGCCUUUGAUAGGUACGUGGCCAUCUGCCAUCCCCUGCGCUAUGCCAGCAUGAUGAGCAGGGAGGUCUUCUGUGCCCUUGUUGGGGCUGCUUGGGCCGGAGGCUUCAUGCAUUCUAUCCUGCAGGUGGUGUUGAUCAUCCGGCUCCCAUUCUGUGGCCCCAACGAGCUGGACAAUUUCUUCUGUGACAUCACCCAGGUGAUCAAGCUGGCCUGCACUGACGUCUACAUGCUGGAGUUCUUCAUGUUCUUCAACAGUGGCCUGGCCGUCUUGAUGUGCUUCUUCCUCUUGCUUAUCUCCUAUGGGGCCCUGCUGAUCCGGCUGCGUGCAGGCGACCCCUCAAAGGGGACAAGCAAGGCGGCCUCCACCUGUGUCACUCACGUCAUCAUCGUCUUCAUCAUGUUUGGCCCAGCCAUCUACAUCUAUUGCCGGCCCUUCCGAAGCUUCCCCCUGGACAAAGUGGUGGCCGUGUUCCACACUGUUGUCUUCCCGCUCAUGAACCCCAUGAUCUAUACACUCAGGAACAAGGAGAUCAUCAGUGCCAUGAAGAGGCUGCUGAGUAGACAUGGGCUCUGGAGAGGGAAAUAGAUGAAAGUGCAGGGUUUGGAAUUAUUUCAGGGAACUUCUCUUGCAUGUGUCAGAUUAGAUUAUCUCAAUAGUCCCAUCUGUGCUCUUAACUGAUGAAUCUAUACAUGUUUAUCAAUGUGACAGGCCAGAAUCUGCACUAAAUUACACUAGAGUAACACUGGAGUAAAGUGGUACAAUCUAUGGACUAAUGACGGAGCAAGUAAUUUUUUUUUAUUUUUUUUUAUUUAAGUCUCACGUAUCUAUGGAGUAAUUGUGGAGAAAUUCUGUAGUGUCUGCAGAGUAACUCUGUGAUAUCUAUGGAGCAAUUUUGUAGUAACUCUUUAAUAUCUAUGUACGU